UGUCCAAUAUAUCUUUGAAUGCCCUCUAGCGUAAGUAUUAGGCUCUAUUCGAGGCAAAUGUCUUUUUCUGUUUCCCAUUUUGAUUGAAGCGUGCGAGAAAUCGUCGAAGUUUCACAAAAAUGCCGCCUAAAAGGGGAAAGGUUCAAAAAGAGGAAGUUCAGGUCUCCCUUGGUCCUCAAGUUCGUGAAGGAGAAGUAGUUUUUGGUGUUGCUCACAUUUUUGCAAGUUUUAAUGACACGUUUGUACAUGUGACUGACUUAUCUGGAAGGGAAACUAUAGCAAGAGUUACUGGUGGUAUGAAAGUAAAAGCUGAUCGUGAUGAAGCUUCUCCAUAUGCUGCUAUGCUUGCAGCACAGGAUGUUGCGGAAAAAUGCAAAUCCCUUGGUAUUACAGCAUUGCACAUUAAAUUAAGAGCAACAGGUGGUAAUAAGACAAAAACACCUGGACCUGGUGCACAGUCUGCAUUACGUGCACUUGCACGUUCCAGUAUGAAAAUUGGUCGCAUCGAGGAUGUAACUCCUAUCCCUUCAGAUUCAACACGUAGAAAGGGAGGUCGUCGUGGUCGCAGAUUGUAAA